AUGACCUUCGUAGGGAUCAAUCUGAGUUUGUUGCUUAUUUACAUCUACACUACACACUAUGUUAAUUCAAACUCUUUUAGUAUUGGAUUGUCCAAAGCAACAGGUAAAUUUCUUUCGCAAAAUUCUCAAUUUCCACAGUCAACGCUUCAAGUGUGAUAUACGACGUGUACGGGCAAAAGUUAAACAGUCGCUCUGAGGUACAGUAUUUCGCGAAAAUAACGCUGGGGACUCCGCCGCAGGAGUUUAACGUUCUGGUUGACACUGGCUCUGAUGUCCUAUGGGUACCUAAACUUGGUUGUAAAUCUUACGGGCCUCUUGUUCGAAAAUGCCCGAAUGUUGACACGUACGAUCCAGAUGCCUCCUCAACGGCUGAAUCCACAAGGAAAUUGUUGUUUAUUGAAUACGGUACAGGCUCCGUGAUGGGAUACUACUAUCGAGACAAUUUCGCCGUAAGAGACAACUUUCAUUAUGGUCCAGUUAGUACAACUUUCAAUUCUAGUUUGGCCCUAAAAACGGCCCACAGCUCAGAUUCAAGGAGAAGGUUACAUUUGGUGCUGGUUCCAGGGCGACUUUUGCCGAUGACGGCAUCCUAGGACUGUCUUUCUCGGAGUCUAAGCGGGGAGCCACAAAUAUUUUCGAGCAAGCAGUGAAAGAAGGCCUAAUGGACAAGCCCAUCUUUACUGUCUUCAUGUGGGAAUGUUUUGGUGAUUGUGAAGAUGGAGGACUUAUUACAUUUGGUGAUUUUGAUAAAAGGAAUUGCUGCAAUGUGAGAGGAUGGGCAAAGGCCUUCCCAUCAGAAUUCCUUUGGAUGUUUAGAAUGGAUAGUGCGAUGAGUAAGAAUAUUUACAAAACUCUCAUCUAUCUGAACAAGUACCACAAAUUUUUAGUUGACGACGUCGAACUGACUUCGAACGUGAAUGCAAUAACCGACACUGGAGCGUCUCACAUCUUUAUGCCAAAGAAAGAUUUCAAAAAAAUCGUUGCAUUAUUAAAUCCCGUUCGCAGAGGCGGUGGCUGGACAUUGCCUUGUCAAACAGACUUCGUAUUGUACUUUAUUAUCAAUGGCAUUAAGUAUCGCUUACCGGCUAGAUACAUUCUACGUUACAUGGGCUCCGCCAAGCCUUGUCAACUGAUGUUGGAAGUGAGCGACGCUGCGCACUGGAGUCUGGGUGAUCCGUUCAUCAGAAAGUAUUGCCAAGUCCAUGAUGUGGCCAACAGACGGAUUGGUUUUGCACCAUCGAGAUACUGA